AGCCUUUUAAAUGUGGGUCCUGUGGAAAAAGCUUUAACCGAAAAGACACUCUUGAUAAACACAUCAGAAUUCAUACAGGUGAGAAGCCAUUCUUUUGUACUCUUUGUGGUAAAAGUUUUACCACAAUAAGUGGCUUCACUUCUCACAUGAGAAUUCACAGAGGUGAGAAGCCUUUUAAAUGUGAGUCCUGUGGAAAAUGCUUUACUCAAAAAGGCAAUCUUGAUAGACACAUCACAAUUCACACAGGUGAGAAGCCUUUUAAAUGUGGGUCUUGCGGAAAAAGCUUUACUCAAAAAGUCAAUCUUGAUAAUCACAUCACAAUUCACACAGGUGAGAAGCCUUUUAAAUAUGGGUCUUGCGGAAAAAGCUUUACUCAAAAAGGCCAUCUUGAUAAACACAUCAGAAUUCACACGGGUGAGAAGCCUUUUAAAUGCGAGUCCUGUGGAAAAAGCUUUACUCAAAAAGGCUCUCUUGAUAAACACAUCACAAUUCACACAGGUGAGAAGCCUUUUAAAUGUGGGUCUUGCGGAAAAAGCUUUACUCAAAAAGGCCAUCUUGAUAAACACAUCAGAAUUCACACGGGUGAGAAGCCUUUUAAAUGUGAGUCCUGUGGAAAAAGCUUUUACCAAAAAGGCAAUCUUGAUAAACACAUCAGAAUUCACACAGGUGAGAAGCCAUUCUUUUGUACUCUUUGUGGUAAAAGUUUUACCACAAAGACUAACUUCACUUCUCACAUGAGAAUUCACACGGGUGAGAAGCCUUUUAAAUGUGAGUCCUGUGGAAAAAGCUUUACUCAAAAAGGCAAUCUUGAUAAACACAUCAGAAUUCACACAGGUGUGAAGGCGUUCUCUUGUACUCUUUGAGGUAAAAGUUUUACUAGCAAAAAAAGCUUGAUUUUUCACACAGGUGAGAAGCCUUACAAAUGUCUGUCCUGUUGAAAAAGUUUUUCUCAGACAUCUUAUCUUACUAGUCACAUCAGAAUUCACAGCAGGUGAGAAGCCUUUCUCUUGUAUUAGGUGUGGGUAAAGUUUAAAUUGAAAUGAUAAUUUGACUUCUCACAUAUCAACUCAUGUGAGAAAUGUUUUCCAUCCAUGAAGCUGAUCUAAAAACAAAGAUUUAUUGAUUCCCAUAAGAAGUCUCAGCAGUUAGACGCCACAGAUAUGGACAGGAGAGACCUUUCCCAGGUUUUACCCGUGAUAGAAAGCCAUAAAACACUGACACAUUGUUUGUUUGAAGAACUGAACAAGGUUUAAAUUGUUUCUGUUAUUUAGUUCAAAGGUGAUGUUAUUGCUGAUCAAUUUGAAUCUGCUA